AUGUAACAUCCUAGAUCAACUUCAGCUCAUUAUAAUACUUGUAAUUCUUAGUACGGAAAUGGAUGGUUAUUACAUGAAGGGAAACAACAAAUCAAAUUAAAUGAAACACCAGUACCUACUUAUGCAGAAAUUGUUAGAAGUAUGCAAGUAUUUACAAAUACUAUUUUUAUGAAGGAUUUUAGAAGAGCUGAAAAACUAAUUAAGAAUAAAUUAGUAGCUCAAUAAUUUGGUUUAGAGGGUUAAUCAUAAGAGAUAGAAAAAGAGAGAUAAAGAAGAAAAAUUGAUAAUAAGGUACCACCAAAACCUUUUCCAGUUAAAGAAAGCGAAUAUAAAAAACCUGAUUAAGGAAUUAAUGUUGGUAUAUUAAUCUUUUUUUAUUUUUUUAUGAUAGGAUUACCUAUUUAUGAAACUUCAAAUAUGCUAUAUGGACAAUUAAACCCAACAAAAUUUGAAUUAAUUGAAAAAUUUUAUCCAAGAGAUGCUAAAUUUUCUUAAGGAUUCCUUGGACAUACCUAUAAAUUUGAUGGACUUAAUACUAGUGUUGCAUUCUCAAAAACUCAUAAAGCAUUAGAUGAAUACUGA